AUGGCUAAACGCAAGUACAUGUCCAAGGUGGAUGGCAAAAUCAACGUCGGCGAGAAACACCAAGCAAAAAUUCCCGACCUGGUGGUGCCUGAUGAAAAUGGAACGGACGUUGCAAAUAAAGAAGUAGAAGAACACGUAGAAGAUGUUGUAAGUGACGCUAGAACAAAUAAGAGAGCUCGCGUGGAAGAUGAAGUGGUUUCUACUGCUGGAGAAGGAGCAGAGAAUUCUACUAGUGCUCAGGCAGAACCCGAGAAUGCAGAUGCACAAGUUGAAUCGAAUGAAAAUGAUGAAAGCAACAAUGCAGUCGCCUCGAAUGAAGGAGCGGAGGCAGAAGCGAAUGACAUGAACGAAGUUAAUGACGCCACGCAAGACACAAACGCAGAAGAGACCACAGCUAACGACGUGGCGGAUAAUGCGAACACUUUGAAUGAAGACAAUCCUGACGACGCCGGAGCUAGCAACGUUGCAGAGGCCUCUGCUGGAGGAAACCUCAGUGGAGAUGAUGUAGCGACGCCAGAUGACAAUGCAGACUCGGCUGUGACGGAGGAGAUAAACAACGACACGAAUGGAAAUGCGAACGAGGCCGCGGGUGAAAACGCGAAUGAGGAAGCAGCUCCUGAGGAAAACGCAGAGUGA